AUGAUACAUGGUAUCUCUUUCAAGUUAGCAGACUUUGGUACCCUAUUAGAUAUGAACUUGCCCCUUGACCGAGAAAAAUCAACAAUAUCAGAAGGAGACGCAAAAUAUUUGGCACAAGAGGUUCUCAACCGAGUAUACACUCCUUCUUGUGAUAUAUUUGGAUUAGGAUUGUCUUUAUUAGAGUUAGUGUGUCACAUAGAACUGCCUGGUAGUGGUCCAGCAUGGCACGAACUCCGCCAAAGAAAAUAUCCCCCUGAACUAAACGAAAGAGCUUGCAAUAAGAAUAAUAAACGCAUGACAACAUUUCGGUAUCCUGCAAGACCAUCAGCAAAGGAAAUAUUAAAAUUCAGCUCCAUGAAAGAGGUAGUCAAAAGAUUUGAAGACGGACUUAGAAAUAUUUAUACUACAGAGAAUUUGGAUGAUAUUAAUGAUGGACUUAGUACUGAAAAGUUAACUUGCCAAAAUACGACUGAAAAUAAAGAGAACAUUUCAGAGUACUUAAAUUUGUCUUCAUUUUCCAAACACUCUGAAAUGACGGACGAAAAGUAA